CCACCAGAUCCAGUUGGCGUCUCAGUACGGAAGUAUCUGUUCAAGUUUAUUCUCUCCUACACUAACCGCGUCUCUACGGUAGCUUUGGCAUACGUUAUCAAUCGCUAGAUUGUCCUGUAAAUAUCGUUGGGUUGCACAAAACGUUGCUUAAUUGUCUGGUCAUGUGUCCUUCGUUUCCUACUUGUAUCCCUUUUGAUUCAUACAUACCAAGUUAUGAGUUUGAACCAGAGCAGAUCUAAGCUCUCUACAAGAGACCCUCGAGAAAGCUCUUCGUCCAUUGGAAAUGCAACUGGCGACGAGUUCGAUACCCCAGCCGGCCUGUCCCAGUACCGAUAUACCCCGUUCACAGGUGACAGCGGCGGAGUUCGGUUACUGAACUUCCUCCCCUGCGACUGUGGAAGUGCUGGAAAUCCGUGCUGUGAUCUUGAAAUCCAUCGCUACUUCAUCGAUCAGGCACCGCCCUACGUCACGCUCUCGUACUACUGGGGAGAUCCAACACCCUCUGAGACGGUCUGCAUCAAUGGAGCAGCCCUCAAGAUCACGAAGAACCUAUUGAUCGCUCUACGCUAUGUUGGCCCUCGGCUUCGGAAGCGGGGGUUAUUAUUAUGGGCUGACGGCAUGUGUAUCAAUCAGCAGGAUACCGAAGAGCGUGGGAGACAGGUUGCGCAGAUGGGGGAGGUGUAUGAGAAGGCCAAAUACGUCAUCGCGUGGCUUGGUGAAGCCUCUUUCAAUUUUAAGGCCACAUUGAAGAAGAUGAAAGAGUGGCAUGAAUGGCUUUGUAAAGAGCUACAAGAGCGGAAUCGGCUGAUCGCGGAUAUUGCGAAAGAAAUCGUUCAUAGCGACCCCUUCUUCCUUGGCCCGGAAGGCUCCGAGAGCGAUUUCGCAUGGAACGGCUUCCGCAGCAUGGUCUUGCGACCGUGGUGGGGAAGAGCUUGGGUUGUGCAAGAAGCGCUUCUAAACCAGAGAUUACGAGUAUUUUACGGGCCGUUCGAGAUAGACAAUGAGCGGCUUCUUUCUGCAUUCAUUAUCUUCGAGCAGCUGAAGGCAGACCAAGGUAGACUGUCCUUCAACUGCUCGGCUGCAAACCUGCUAUAUCUCCUACGGAACGACUUCAAAGACGCAAGCUCGCAAAGUGGAUUCACCUUUCUACAAGCACUAGACAGGACGAGGACGUUCGCAUGCUCGGAUCCACGAGACACCGUGUAUGCCGUUCUAGGACUUGUGAACCAAGGACCCGAAAGACUGCAACCGAACUAUUCCUUGCGGCUCUCUGAAGUUGAUCUUCAGGUGGCUACAUAUCUGUUCACAACGUCUCCUCGCAAGUCCAAGCUAGACUUUCUUGGUUUCGUUUGGAGCCCGAGAACCUCCUCCCGCCCGAAGAAUCGGCAAGAGUCAGGGAAACCAUAUCGUCCCAGCUGGGUGCCGACUUGGUCAGUGAACAGUGGCCAUCCGUUCGGCAAAUCGAUCAAUGAUAGAGGAACAAUCAAGCCAGUCUAUGCCGCCAGUGGUGAUUCUGCUGAGCAGGCCCGAAUUGACGGCACUGUUCUACGCGUCACAGGAUUCUGCAUCGACACAGUUGCUAAAGUGCUAGUGUCCUGUGAACGAGGAGACGCAGGAGAAAACAAUACUCUGUUGUUAUCUUGGCGGCCCAAAAAUGAGCGCAAGAAAUACGUCAGCGGAGGCGAUCUUGAUUCAGCGUGGCUCCGAUGCGUCGUUGCGGAUGUGGAUCGUGGUGCAUUCAAGAUCAACAAACGAGGUUAUGCGUUCCCAUCAACGUCAUGGGUCUCGACGAGUUACAGCGCUCAAACGGCUCUGCAGUGCGCUACUUACGGCCGAAGAAUGUUCUAUACGAAGAAGGGAUUUAUGUCCCUUGGCCCGGCAAUAUGCGAAGUUGGAGAUAGGGUCUGUUUGUUCCUUGGUGGUCAGUUGCUGUAUAUUAUCCGUCCGAACGGGGAUGGUACCCACAGUUUCGUUGGGGAAGCGUAUGUGCAUGGACUUAUGGAUGGGGAGGCGAUGGAUAGGGAGCGAUUUCCUGUUAUGAAGGAAGUAUUCGAGCUCACAUGAACUGGAUGGUCUCCGGGUUCUUUUUCUCGACUAGAUGGUCUACGCCGCAAGAUGCAAUAGGAGUAAGGUCGGCCGAGUGUCUACGACGUUUAUUACAAUCCUUUUCUGAUUACAUC